UGCAUUUUGAGUCUUUGUCUCCUUCAACCUCCCUCAUAUUCCCUUCACAAUCUCUCUCUCCCCAUUCUUCUCUGCUUCUUGUGUUUCCCUUUGCUUUCUCUCCACUCCAACUUCACCCUUCAAAAUCCACCCCAAUCUCAACCUCUUUUUCCUUCUUUCUUUAUUUUCCAUACCACUCCCCCUAAAAUAAAACAUAAACAAAACAGUGUUCUUAAACCCCCAAAAAAAAUUCAUAUCCAUCCAUUGUUUUCUGUUUACUUCUUCUUAUAAUAUACAAAGCCUCUUCUUUUUUUUUUAUAUAUUUUUUCUCUCUCUUUAUUUUCUUUCUUUGAUGUGUCUAUGGCUGGUUUGGAUUUAGGAAGCGCUUCAAGGUUUGUUCAGAGCCUCCACAGACCCGACUUGCACCUCUCAGAAGACCACCAAGACCACCGCAGUGGGGCCCUAUUCUCCAGCGAGGACGAUGACCGGAGCCAAGGCUUGGAGCUAGGUUCGGCGGGACCCGGCGACGUGGUGGGCCGGCGUCCACGUGGCAGGCCGCCAGGGUCCAAGAACAAGCCGAAGCCGCCGGUGAUCAUCACGAGGGAGAGCGCCAACACGCUCCGGGCCCACAUCCUGGAGGUAGCCAGCGGCUCCGACGUCUUCGACUGCGUCACCGCCUACGCGCGCCGCCGCCAGCGCGGGAUCUGCGUCCUGAGUGGAAGUGGAACCGUCACGAAUGUUAGCCUCCGGCAGCCGGCUUCCGCCGGCGCCGUCGUGACUCUGCACGGGAGGUUCGAGAUACUGUCACUCUCCGGAUCGUUCCUUCCGCCGCCUGCCCCUCCCGGGGCGACGAGUUUGACUAUCUACCUCGCCGGAGGGCAGGGGCAGGUCGUUGGAGGGAGCGUAGUGGGAGAGCUGACCGCGGCCGGACCCGUCAUCGUGAUUGCGGCGUCGUUCACGAACGUGGCCUACGAGAGGCUGCCGUUGGACGAGGAGGAGGAGCAGCAACAGCAGCAUCAGCUUCAGAUGCAGACUCCGCCGGCUGGGUCUCAGGGUUCCGGCGGCGGUGUCAACCCUUUUCCGGACCCUUCUUCCGGUUUGCCUUUCUUCAACUUGCCGUUGAAUAUGCAGGGUGUUCAGUUACCGGUGGAUGGUUGGGGCGGAAACGUUAACUCAGCUCCUCGUCCACCCUUUUGAGGGUUCUACAAAAACAAGUCACUCACUCACUCUCUUUGGGUUUUUUUGUGGCGUUCUUGAAGUUGAAUCAAUCAACCUAAAUUAAUAUAGGUCAUGUCAUUUGAAGAUGUUGUUGAUCAUCAUGGACAUGGAGUUGCAACUUGAAGCAAGUAGUGCUUAUGAUUAAGGUCAGCAAAUUCAUGGACUGCAUAUAUAAUUUAUAUUAUGAAUGUGCUUCUUCGUCUCCUACUCUUUCUUUUUUGUUGUUAAUGGAUGAUGAUUUCAGUCAUGUACUUGUUCUAGUUAACUAUUGGCUCAUUGGAUUUUGAUUA